AUGCCUCAUUCUCUUAUAUCAGAUCAGUCAUCGGAACAGGUCUUUCAUACCCUACCUUCCAGGGCUAUCUCGCUCUUCCCAACUGUACCGCUGGACCAUGACACCAUCUGUCAGGUCGACCUCUCUGAAGACUCACAGAUGGUUCUGCACACAGUGCAAGUCCUAAAUGUCAGUUUGGAGCCAGAAGCGGCCCCUACACCUUCCAGGGUAGAGCCCUCUAUCUCCCCAACCGUGCAAACACCUGAGCACGAUCCAGACUUUGAUGCCAAAGUCGAACAGCUCUUAGCCGAGGCUGAUGCCCUGAAUGGCGAAGAGGAGCGUGAAAAGCUUCGCAAACUUCCGUACAAAUAUCGAGCCUCUUUCGCAAAAGACUCGCUUGACUGUGGCUUAACCUCCAUCCACUCUGUCCGCAUUCUGAAACCACUGGAUGCACCACCAACUUUUGUGUGCCAGUACAAAAUUCCCUUAGCGUCCUAUGAACCUAUUCAGGAAAUCAUAGACGAUCUUUUGGCGAAGGGGAUCAUUCGGCCAUGUAACAGUACCUACUCAGCCCCACUCUGGCCGGUACUGAAACCAAACGGUAAAUGGCAACUGACCAUUGAUUACCGUAAACUGAACCAACAAGUUCCCCUUUCCAGGUGGCCUAUGGCUCAGCUCCAACAGGAUCUGCCAAAGAUCACUGAUGCAAGAUACUUCUCCAUUCUUGACGUGGCAUCAGGGUUCUGGACGAUACCAGUACACAAAGCUGAUCAGCACAAACUGGCGUUCACUUUUGCCAACAGGCAAUACACCUUCACCCGAUGCCCUUUUGGCUAUGCCAACUCGCCAGCAGAGUUCAAUAUCUUCCUCAACAAAGCCUGCCCAGAUGCUAGUGAGAGAGGCACCCUCAUAUAUGUCGACGACAUCUUAAUGAGGAGCCAAAACCUGGACAUGCAUCUCGCUGAGAUUGACCAUGUCCUGAACCAGCUCACGAACGCCGGGGCAAAGAUAUCCCUGUCCAAAUGUCAGUGGUGCAGGACCAAGGUGAACUACGUUGGUUUGCUUGUUGGUCCAACAGGUGUCGAACCGCAGCUGAGUCGUAUUCAGGGACUGUCAAACCAACAACAACACGCCAUGCAAGCUUUAAAAGACAGACUUUGUGCAGCUCCUUGUCUUGCUUACCCAGACUACAACAGACCGUUCUAUCUGGAGGUCGGCUUCUCUUGUCACUGCCUCAGUGCAGGACUAUACCAGAUCCAUAACUCAGAUAAACGAGUCGUCGCAUAUGCUAGCAAAACCUUGUUGGCUCCUGAACUGAAGUUCUCUGACUGCGAAAAAGCACUUCUUGCCACUGUGUGGGCUGUGAAGCAUUUUUCCAAUUAUCUUGGAGGCCAAAAGGUGAUUGUGGAAACCAACCAUCAACCAGUGACCUUCCUUAACAGCCAAAGAAUCAGAGACGGUGUUGUGACCAAUGCACGUGUAGCAUCUUGGCUUAUGGCUCUUCAGAGCUUUGACAUCGAGGUCCACUACACCCAAAACCGCAAAACACCUCUCGGUAUGGAACUCGCAGCGUGCCAAAGCUACUUGACAGACAGCUUGGACACAAGGUCCCCGACCUGUGACCCUGAGCCACCUGAACUAUCUUGCCACCGGUACUUUGACGACAAUGUCUGCAAAGACAUAAUUACAGCUUACGUUGAUGGCUGCUCAUACCAUCACGACACUGUUAUCCGAGCAGGCGUGGGUGUCAUCUGGGUCGACAAAAAACCGUGUGAACCACUCAGCUUCAACCUAGGGGCCCAAACGUCCCAGUAUGCUGAAGUGGCAGGCAUUCUGAUUGUUUUGCAACUUGCUGUGGAACACAAAAUCCACGCCUUGACGAUCUGUACAGACUCCAACUAUGCUCGACUCAGCUUCUCAUGCCAUCUGCCUUUGUGUUUGACCGGCUCUCUGUUUGAGGUCAAGAAACCGUUGCGCUUCCACAAAGAACUGUUCCUGGCGUGCGACUUCUUGACCACUAAACAUGAUCUUCAGAUCUACUGGAAGAAAGUCAGGGGGCACUCUCGUAUUCUUGGUCCAGACAAGAUGUUUAAUGACCAGGCUGACUCCUUGGCCAAGCAAGGAGCCUUAACUGGCUCAAACUGGCACUUUGAGCCCUCUGUUUUUCCCAUCUCGCCCGUACCCCUGGUUUGUGCCAUCACCAGAGCCCAGUCUCAAGUUCCGCCUUGCCCGGCUCCCUCGGGCCCGGUCUCCGCCACUGUGGCUCCGGCCUUUUCUGACUCUGACUUGCUGGCGCUCCAGGCUUCAGACCCAGCCAUCGCUGCCAUGACGCAAUUCCUCUCAAGGCCUCCUGACUCCUCCAUGUCUCCUGACUUACAUAACUCCAUCCCUGACCUGCGCUAUGUUUUCCGCGUGCGCUCUUCGCUGCAGCUUGUCAAGGGCUUUCUGGUUUACGUCUCUGAUGCACUCACUUCCCCUGCCUUGGUGGUGCCUCGCAGCCACAGGGGGGUGAUGUUGACAUACGCCCAUGACACACCGUGCGCAGGACACAGAGGAAACAAAGCCACGCUCCAUGCACUCCAACAGGUGGCCUAUUGGCCACACAUGCAGAAAGAUGUAGCUGACUACAUAAAAGGGUGCCUGGUUUGCUGCCAAUUUCAACCGGCAAAUCCACUUCACCGAGCACCCCUACAGCGCAGAGGUAUCUCCUUUCCUAGGUCAGACAUCCUGAUCGAUUGGGUGGGUCCUCUCACCAAGUCAGCAAAAGGACACAAAUACUUCCUCACAGUUGUCUGUGCAUUCACCAAAUGGGUAGAAUGCCUACCAGCCCCAAACGAUACGGCUCAGACCACAGCCUUCCUCUUGAUUAACUGCAUCUUCUCGCGGUUCGGACUCCCAAUUCGUGUCAACUCUGACAGAGGGACACACUUCACAUCAGAGGUCAUGCAACAACUGUGGCAACUGUUGGGCAUCAAAGCCAACUUCCACAUCAGCCACCACCCCCAGUCGUCUGGACAGGUAGAACAGGCAAACCGAACAGUGGUAACCAUACUGAAAAAGUACGUGUCGGCCAACCACAAGGACUGGGAUAUUAAGCUUCCCUUGGUCCUGAUGGCCAUCAGAGCGACUCCAUAUGAGUCAACCGGGUUCUCACCCUUCGAGCUGAUGACGGGCAGACAGAUGACACUGCCUCUGCACCUGCUGUAUCAGCCAGGUGAGGCCAGUAUUGCGACGGCCUACACGACUCAUCAGUACAUGACUGACCUACACCAGCACCUGAAGGCAAAUUUUGCCUUUACCCAAGUGCAUCUCAGUAAAAGUGCAGAAGGACGCAAGUCCUAUUAUGACCAAAAAGCCUCCCAACAGGAACUCCAGGUGGGUGACAAGGUUUGUUACUACCUGUCCACCCAGCCCACUGGAGACAAAGCCCCAAAGUCUGGGAGACUGGCUGGGCAGGCCCCGACCUGAUCACUGAAAAGCUCUCUUCUGUUGUGUACCAAAUCAAGAUCACAAAGGGCAACAAAGAGCCGACCCUUAAAUGGGUCCACCGCAACCAGAUCAAGCUUCACCACAACCCCAUGGGACUUGUUGGGGCCUCCAGCGCCACCCUUGAGUCAUAAACUAGAACAGUUACAAGCACUCCUGAUUAACGUCAGGUCCCCUAGUCCUUUGAUAUAUUGUGUCUACGUGAAGUUUGUCCUAUUUGUACGUCUGUAUUGGUGUUUAAUUGUUGUCACUGAGUUGCCCUGGGGCACACUUUGGGUAACAAAGGGGGGAGGAGUAGAUAAAGUGAUAGGGACCAUUUGAAUUUUAGAUUGUCUGAUACCAACUCAUCCUAACGAUGUCCACCCUCUUCCCCAGGAUGAUUUCCUGAUUCUUGGCUUGGUAGCUGCUCCAGCUAGCCCUGAGAUUGUAGAGCCAGGACCGGACUCUGGAAUUGUUUUAAGGGAUCAGCCUGGACUCCUGAUAACGGACUGUCGCCUGCACACACAGAAGGUGUUUGUCAGGCUCAACCCUAAGGAAGUCCUCAAGAAAAAUGUUCCAGUAACAGCUCAGCUGACCAGUCGGGCCGGGACAUAUUGGAGUAAGGAAGUCGUGAAUCACGCAGAGUUGGACAUUACUUACAUGUUAGAGCAGCUUCAGAAAUUCACUGUCACCCAAACAGAGUUAAGUGGUACCAACAGGAGGUCCAAACGUUUUAUUGGAGUGCUGCUCACCGCAGCCUCGAUUGUUGGCUCUCUUUUUGGUAUUGGGCUCUCCUCUGUUAAUGCAAUUAGCUUAGCUACCGUCAAACGCCAUGUGGGUGAGCUAGAAGCUGAAAUUCCAGACAUCAGGGCUCAGAUAAGCAGACAGCAGACACAACUGCAGACUAUCGGUCAAACAGUCAAGGGCACCAUCCUGGUAGUUAACACCCACACAGAAGUCCUGAAUAAGACGCUGCGUGCUGUAAAUUCCUUGUUGUCGGUGGUCCAGGUCGACUAUGCUCACACAAUGCUGUUGAAUAUGCUCAUGUAAGACAUGUUGCAAGAAAUCUCAUCAUCAAUAGACAGCCUAGCUGCAGGCCGGAUCCCUCUGUAUUUGGUACCUCUCUCAUUAGUCCAGGAUUUACUAUCAACUGCAACCAGAGAGGCCAUCACUCCUUUACAAGCCCACCUCGCGUAUACCCUAGAUAGCGCUGUGCUGAUCUACGUUAAUCUCGAAGAUCGAGAAAUUGCUUUCCUCAUCAACUUGCCAAUUAUAGCAUCAGGAAGCAUCUAUAGGUUAAAGGAUGUAGUCAAUGUCGGCUUUUGGAAAGGGGACACACACACAUCUCCAAAUUCAGACCCCACCAGUGGUCGCUUACCACGACAGCAAUCCUGAUCUGUAUCUAGCUCCUAACUUGCGUAUGUGCACGCGAACCAAAGACAUACACUACCGCUGCCCCAGUAAACCAUUUGUGUGGGAUAGUACCAACGGCCUCUGCGGUCUUACAACCAUGGUGCCCGACACCCGAUGCCCUACUACAGCAAGACACCGCUCACAAGUGACUGUAACGCAGGCAGAAAGGGUGGGUCACCGUUGGUUAGUCAACACCCCCACUAAGACUGCCAUUGUAAAUUACGACCAACACGACACUGCCACACGCAUUUCUUUACUGGAUCAGACCAUGUGGAUUGAGGUGCCACCAAAUGCCAUUCUCCAUAUAGAUGACAUUGCCCUCUAUUACCUCAACCCUGAUCAAAUUGAAACAGAGAUUGAAGUGCCAGCAUUUUUCAGCAAGCAUACGCUCCAGUUAGAUCCAAGUACCAUUUUUCAGAUCCAAUAUGCAGGUACUCAGACCACUGACCUAACGCCUGUUGAUGACGUCCUUAUAGACAUAAGAUCACAAGAGAAGUCCCCGCUGCAACCCAUAGUCUAUGUCUGGUCCACCCCAGACACCUUGCUAGCCACCACCAUAGGGUUAGGGUACCUCCUGACCUUUGGGUUAACCUUCAUCUACGUCAAAUGUGGUAGGUCCCUGCAGUACAAAAUAGACCAAUGUGUCACUAGGUUACUACGUUCCUCCUCGAUCUCCAGCCCAAGCGCCUCGCCAGCUCCUCCGUCUCCUGCAGGUCGGGUCCAGUGA